CAGUUCGAUUCUUGAGGUUGACCGUGUCGGAUCGGAAAGUUCUGUAUAUCGGAUUUCGCGAGUGCUGUUUUCGUCUGACUCCCCCUCCGGGAACGCGAUUGUGGCUGCUGGCUGGAACAUCUCCAUCUUAAAGGUGCGCGUGGAUGUAUUUCGAGUUUUUUUGACGGUAUUCUGGUGGUGAUUCGUGCAGCCGGAAAUAGGUGCACUUCCGGUGCUAUUGGAAACCUUUUCGAAGAGUGAAUUUAUCAAAGUUCUCGGUAGUUGGUGGGUUUCCGUUUAUGCGAGGUCCAAAACAUGGCGACAUGAUUGCUAUUGUUUGAGAAGAAGAAUAUUACCACGAAAAGGGAGAAGUCGAAGAACAUCUCGACGCGCUCGACGUUACGAUAUUGGUGUGCGCGCGGCGCGGGUGGUUCCAUCGAUUCUGUAACUCGGUACGGUUUCCGGUUGGUGUGUAUUUUUUUUUAUUGUGAGGGAGGAAUUUCCGGUGACCAGCCAGAGUUUUAAGAAAAAAGCAAUUUCGACAGCGAAAAUAUGUUCCCGAAUAGGUUUACAUAAAUGCCAGUGGCAGCAGAAGUGAAAGAUUGUAAAGAAGCGAGCAGAAGCAACAACGAAGAGUAGAGAAGCAAAAGGAAGACGACGAUUGAUAGAAUCGAAACGAGGAAGAAGAGGCCCCACCGAGCCGAGUGUUGUUGCAUUGUGCGAAAUUUGUGUUUUAGUGAAUUUUAUGCCCAAAAUAAAAGUGCUCCAGUACCAUACCAUACGGCAUACUAUCGGUUUUAGAAUGGUGCUGCUAGUAUCGUAGAAGGGCGCAAAAGUGAUUAGCAGCAGCAGCAACAACAACAACGAAGAGAGGGCCAGGCCAGCUGGGGGAGGAGAAAAGUUGCUGGCGAAAAUCGAGGGGGUAAAUUAGUUUGUGUUGUUGUUGUUGUUCUGUGUUGUGUUGCCUUUUUCGAAAAGGUUGUUGGGGUGUAUUUAGUCGUUUCGUCGUUGCUGCAACACCCGGGAAUCGAAGAACGCAACACGGCUGGCAAUAUGUGCGAACAAAGUUUAAUCGGUGCUCGGGCCUCGGUGAUGGUGUACGAUGAUGGCCAGAAAAAGUGGAUCCCCAGCGGCAGUUCUUCCGGCCUUAGCAAGGUGCAGAUCUUCCACCAUCAGCAGAACAACACCUUCCGGGUCGUUGGCCGGAAGCUGCAGGAUCACGAGGUCGUCAUCAACUGUUCGAUCAUCAAGGGUCUCAAGUACAACCAGGCGACGGCGACGUUCCAUCAGUGGCGGGAUUCGAAGUUUGUCUACGGACUCAACUUCUCCAGCCAGCAGGAUGCGGAAGCGUUCGCCCGGGCGAUGAUGCACGCACUGGAGAUCCUCAGCGGCCGGGUUCCGCCGCCGAUGCAAACCAACCCGAACCAGCAGAACCAAAUGGCCUACGAGGAGGACAUGGGCUAUCGCACAAUGACACGGGAAGAUGCGGCCAUCAUGCAGCAACAACAGCAGCUUACCAACCAAGUGCCAUCGCAGCAGCAGCAGCAACAGCAGCAACCUCCUUCGCAACCACCGCUGGUCGGUGGUGGUCCGCCGGGCAUUUUGUCCCCGCAAACGCCAACCGCCGGAAGCAUUCCGCCGGGCGGGGGCCAAAGCCAAGUGGUGGGCCCCGGAAAUGGCGGAGGAGGAAUUCCAGUUCCGCCGGCCAUGAACCAGCAGCAGCAACAACAGCAACAAACGCAUCAUCGUACUAAUAGUGCGCCUCAACCUCCGGUUCUUCCGUCUCAGCAGCAGAAACCAAUCUAUGCAUCACAGCAAAGUAACAGCAGCACCAACAGUAUUACUUAUGGAAGCAACUCGCAACCACAAUACCAGCAGCCAAUCUACGUAGCAUCGAAUCAAAAUCAAAUGUUGAACCAAAUGGCCUCUCAGAUUCCGCCGAUGCCCCCGAUGAUGCCGAAUGGGGGUCCGGCUGGUGCUGCCAUCUAUGCGACCGCAACCUGCUCGCCGAGUACCAACAGCAGCGGGAAUCCGAUCUACGCCGGCCAACAGCAGAUGAUGCUUCCGCCCGGGGUCACGCCGACCAGUAACCAGUACGGCCAAACGAAUGGAAUUCCACCGGCGGCACCGCCCUACGGAGGCCAACCACAGUACGGCAUUCCACCGGUUCCACAGAUGCCAAUGCAGCAGCUCCAGCAGAUGCAACAGCAGCCACCUCAGAUGCAGCAGGUGAAUGCCCCACCGCAAGCCCCACCACCACCGAUGCCACCUGCAUUCCCACUCUCGGCACCAACCAGUAUUCCACAGCCUCCGGCACCACCGAUACCACCGGCCAGUGGCGGCGGCGGUGGCGGUGCUCCUCCUCCUCCACCACCACCUCCCGGGGCGGGCGGCCUCGGCGGAAAGGGAUCCGACAACGGUAUCAGUUCACUUGCCCUGCAGCUGGCCAGCGCCAAGCUAAAACGAAGUACCCCGGCCAAAACGGCACCGGCCGCCCCGGUGUCCACGGUGACAGAGAACAGCGGCAGCAGCACCUCUAGCGGAGGUAGUGGUAACUAUGGAACAAUAGGGCGAUCAUCUUCCGGCAUGGCCUCGAUGAUGGACGAGAUGGCGAAAACGUUAGCCCGGCGACGGGCACAGGCCGAAAAGAAGGAGCCGGACUCCAUCGAUGACGGUCAGUCCCAGACUCGGCAGCGGGCCUGGGAGAAAUCUAGCACCCUGCCCCACAAACUGGGCGGUAGCAGUAGCCAGAACAGUGGUGGCUGCAACAACACCAGCCUGAGCGGUUCGGAAUCGCCGAAGCCAUCCCGGAAACGGUACGGCAGUGCCAGCGAGGAAACGAUACUCAAGCAAAUCAAUGGCGACAGCUUUUCGCUGCCCAGCUCGGUGGAGCUGGAAAACUUCAAGGACGAAAUCCUGCGGGAGAUGCGAAGCGAGAUCGCGAAGGCGAAACAAGAAAUCAUCGAGGCCAUCAAGUCCGAGUUCAAUCGGAGGUAAAAGAAGUAAAACUAACGCUACUACUGGCACACACACACACGACUAAUAGACGGAAACACAAAACCACAAACCGACACCGUUACACAUACAAAUAAACAAACAAACAAACGAACGCGCAGAGAGCAGGAAGGCUGGAUAGUGAAAUUGUGCCGUUUGCCGACGAUGAGCGGACGAAACGGGACAUUCGACGGGGGGUACGCUAUUUAUUUCGGGGGGGGGGUGCUUCAUCGUAAGCUACUAUUGAAAGCUUAACAGAGAAGGUAAAAUGUGAGGGUCGACACGUGGGAGGGAUUUUAGGUUUAGGAUGUUUUAAAAAAAGGUGGUAAGUAUAAAUCAAAAUCUUGAUGAAGGAGGGGAUAAAAAAAAUGCUUACCAAUUUGUGAGUGUUCGUGCUCCAUUUCUGUGCUCGUACGCUGUAUAAUGCGUAUCACGCUGUAGGAAAUGAUUUUUUUACAUGUUGUAGACUCUUAGAGACUUGAUCCCACAUAUUGGGCAAGCAACUCACUCACUAACAAAAAGAAACACAUACACACACACGAAGCAAAAAAGAAAUCACUGUGUUUUGUUUUUACGUUUACCCGAUCGGGCUAACCCGAGUGGCAUAAAAAUGGCAAUCGUUAGUGCAAAACGGGUGGGCACUAAUUUAGCGAUUACAGAAUGGUUAUGUACGCAAGUGUAUAUGAAAAUAAAAUUUGGAAAAAAUGAUAACACUUAUAAAUAUAUUAAAAGAAAAGUAAAACAAACCAUUAAUGACUUCACCUAGACGCAUAAUGUAAACAUCCAAACACACACAUUCACCCAAAAACAAAUAUAAAAAGUGAACAUAAAAUACCAACAGGAUUAUUGAGAAGUAAAAGAAAAACACGAAUAAUCUACAACCGAAAUAUCAACUAGCCGAUGAAAAAGAGACUUCAAUUAAAGUAAACUUUCGAUGGAGUGAAUCAAACAACUUUUUUACUAGCCGUCAGAGGAUCCGCAGACGAAUUAGAGGAAGAAACAUUGUUUUUUGUCGAUGGCGUAAAGCAGAGCGAGCAGGAGAAAGUUAGUUAAAAUCCAGUUACAAUAAUCUCGUCAUAGCAUAGAAAUACAAUUUACCCAGCGUUUCUCGAAGACAACAAGCAAAAAACAAGAAAAAAAAACGUUAAAUUUAAAGCAAAGAAAUAAAAAAAGAAGUCGAUUGGCGGGAGAAAACUAGUAAGCAAAUGUAAAAAAAAAAUCAAAUCACAUACACCCGAAAAAUCGUGACUCGAGAAAUCAUUCGAAACGGGCUUUCAUCGUCAUCAUUCCGAACUGACAGAACGGACUAAAGAAUGAAACAAUAAAAAGUAAAAAUGAACAAACAUCAAUAAACAAAGAAAGGCGCAUUUCAUUCGAGGUUAGUGUAAAGACAACAACUUUUUCAUAAAACCGAUACCGCGUGCAACAAGAUUCCAGAUGAAAAUCACACGCCCAAAAACGACAAAAAUAACAGAAACAUUAAAAACAUUCACAAAAUCAUGGACGCGUUGCAGCAAAGAGAACUAGAGAGAACAAGAAGGCAAACAAACAAAAUACAAUAGAAAACAAUGAAACGAAUCCAGUGUUAACUUCCAAAAAAAAGCGAUGUUUUUUUUAGUAAGAAAAAAGAACUUCUUACUACAAUGUAAGAUUCCCAUAUUUUAAAUAUUUCAAUGAGUUUCUUCAAAAUGUAAAUUUUGAUAAAAGUGUUACGACUGUUGUUGGUUAAUUUUGGAAAUUUUUUGGCUCUCAGUAACAUUCAAAAAACAAACAAUGUUUUCCCAUUUCAUCCGACGUUUCGGCGUAAUUUAUUUCGCCUUCUUCAGGGUUUUAUAGGGUGCUAUUUCGUGUCAAAAAAUGUUGUGUUGGAGAGAAGAUGAGAUACAACAUUUUUUGACAUAAAUAGCACCCUAUAAAACCCUGAAGAAGACGAAAUAAAUUACGCCGAAACGUCGGAUGAAAUGGGAAAACGUUGUUUUCAGAAAUAAUUUGACAGAAAGCCAAUUUUUUUUUCAAAAUUAAUGUGUAUUUUUAGCAAUUUAAUCAGAAACUCAAGAAGCACAAAUCGAAUGAUAGAUUUUUCCUCAUUUAAAAAAAAACUUUGACGUUUACACUAAUAUGGUAUCGAACGAUUUUUUAACAGUUUUACCAAUUCAACCUAAAGAAAAAAUCGACUAAUCGUGGAAAUCAGACGUUUCAUAUUUCAAAUUUAUAAAAGUCAUUAUUUACCUAAUUUUCAAAAUUUUACCAUAUGAAUUUUUGAUUUCUAAACAUGAAAUUUGGUAUCUAAAUUCGAAAUGAACUACAGGAUCAUAUGCAAAAAUCUGUAUUUUUUUAGAUUUUUAUCACCGUUAUAAUUGUUGAUUAUAAUAUGUUAAAGGCAUUGCGGCGAGAUGAAUUCUGAGGUAGAAAUCUUAAGCUUUUAUGAAUUAUAGAGAUGGAUAGAUAAAGCGAGAUCGCUUCGUAGAAGAAUAUUCCUUCUUAAGAAAUCAUCUCGCCGCAAUGCAAUUAAAAUUAAUAAUCGAAAAUCAGGAAUACAAAUUGAAAUUGGAAAAUCAGAACAUGUAAUAAAAAUAAAAAUCAGAAAUGGAAAACAAAAUUCAGAACCAGGAUCACAAACCAAGAAUAGAACCUUAGAAAGGAAAUCACAAAUCAAAAUCAGGAAAAAGUAACCAGAAAUCAAGCAUUUGACAUCAAGAAUUAGAAAUCAGAUGUCAGAAGACACAAAAACGACAGCAAAAGUUAGAAGUCAUUAGUCGGAUGACAGAAAAAAAACAGAAUCAAAUAAGAAAUUACAAAUAUAAAUGACAAAAUCGAAAAAAUAAUCGGAGAGAAACAGAAUUCAGGAUAUGAAUAUGAUGUAUAAUACAUACUUCAAAUCAAAAAUAAAAUAUCAGGAAUAAACACAAAAUAAACAAAAAUCAUAGUCAGACACCAGCAUUCAGAUAAGAAAUCAAAUAAAUAUUUGAAAAUCCAGAGAAUCAGGAAAUCAGUAUCAGAAUUCAGUUUAAAAAUCAGAAUAAUUGAAAAAAGGAAAUUUUGAUUAUAAAUAAGAAUACAAAAAAACCGAAUCAGAAAUUGGAAAACAGAAUAAGACAUCAGAAAUUUGCAACAAUAUUUUAAAUUUAUUGAACACCAGUUAUGGAAAAUCAAAAUUGGAAUUGCAUGGAUAUCCGUUUUAAUUUUUAAAGGAGAUUUAAAAUCAAUCUAAAUCAAAUCUUGUGAGGAAAUUCAGAAAUCAAAACGUUAAAUCUGCAAUAAAAAUUGAAAUAUAAAAUAAUUUAGUUUCAAGUAUUAGCUUUCUGGUUUAAAAAACGGUUAAGAACUUUUUAAAAAAUAUGUUGAAAUUGGAAAUCCGGUUUGCAUUUGUGCAUUUAUUUUGUGCAUUUAAUUUCCACGAAAAUAGUCGGUACAAUUUCUUUCCAUAAUCAUUGUAAUUAUGACGAUUGAAGUCAUAAGUUAUACGAUUGUAGAAACCGAAUAUAAUGUUUUCAAUAAUAGAUUGAUGAAAUUUUUCCUCCAGAAUUUCUGAACAGGAUCACGCUUGCCAAAGCGUUCAAAAACCAGUAUUAUCCAGGGCAAAGUUUUCCUCUGAACAAAACGCAAAAAAAACAAGUUUUAAAAAGUCUCUUUUUCAGAACAAAACACCUCAGUUAAGAUCCGCAGCUCCAGGAUCCUUCUUCUUCCAGAAUGAUUUUAGUGUCAAGGGAACACCAAGUAAAACGAAACACACAAAACAAAACAAAAACAGAACCUUGUAGGCGAGACUCACUCCAAUCAGCAAACCAAAAGUCGCUUGUCUGCGCAUUCUCAAAGAAUGCUAGAAUCCUAAAAUUAUUUCCUAGAAGCUAAGCGCAAGUUUAAACGUAUAGUAAUGAAAGAAAAAAAAACAAACAAAAGAUCCUCGGCCAUGAAUCGAAAUUAUUCGAGCGCUCCUAUGUUCCCAAUUUUUCCCAUUAAUUUUAACCUUUUUAUUAGUCUAAAAUACACAAAAAACGUGAAGCACUGCUUGAGAAAAUCUACUUUAAAUUAUUGCACUAGCUAGUUUUUUUUAAAUAAAUAUUUCGAAUAUGUAUAACAAAAGCGAUACGGUCGAAUUUGGCUACUUAUAGUUUAUUUUAAUCGAGGCAAUUUAGUAGGAAUAAAAUGACUAAACAAAGCUGAUCGGUGUUUUAUGAUGCGUUGAUCAAGCUCAACAUACUUUCAAGCGGCUCACUUGACAUUGGAGAGCGCAAAUUUUAACCACGCUAUGUUAUUAUUAUGUUGCAAACCUUUCCUAGUAUUUAUGUAGUGUAUUAUAUUCCAAAACAAUACCGAACAGUGUCCAAAACUAAGAACGGAAACGAUGAGUUGAAAUAAAUAUACAAAAUACAAGCUUCCCAGAGAUCGAUCGAUGGAUUUAGAAAUGCUAAGAAGAGAAACAAAAAUAAAGAUUUAAAAAAAAUUGCUGUGUACCAAAUUUUAUGUUUUAUACAACAAAAAAAAAAACAAGGCAACAGAAACACUAUCGAUCAAAAAUGCUCUGAUAAAGUAAGAAAUAAAACAAAACCAAGGUGACAAAAGUGUAACGCUAAACGUGACAUAGGAGGAAUGCAAAAGAAACAAAUAUCUCUUGUAUGAUUUUGUGAUUUAAUUUUUACUAUUUUAUUUACCUUAUACAUAUACACAAACAAGAAGGAAAAUGAUAAAAGUAAAGAAUGACGAAAAACAAAACAAAGCUAGAAAACGAAAUUAUGUAGGAUUUACUAAUGAUUAUAUAUACUAUGACUAGGGGCAGUAUAUCGAACGAUUGGAAUCAGAACAUACCUACACAACCAAUAGAAAAUCGAAACGUAGUCUUUUUGGUCUGAAUUGAAAUGAAAAACAAACAAAAAAAAAUCAUACGGUGACCGGCGUAAAGAGAUCCGUGAUAUUGUAAGGUUAUGGAUCGCCAGAACAGAAAAAAAAACAACAAAGACAAGUCCGGGCAGACAAACAUAAACAAAACCAGCUACACCAAUAACAAACAGCCCUAACUUCUUCAGCCGGUUAUUUCAUCCAGCAACAACACAAACAAACCUACCAAUAUUAACCGAUUAAAUUGCAACAAGGACGCGAAAAACUACAACAACAGCAACAACAAACAACAAGAAAAUCAACAUCAAAACAUACACAACACGUAAAAAUCACAUAUAGAUAACCUAAAUUUUAUAAAAAUUAUCGAUAAAAAAAUACUGCGAUUACUAAAAAAUAAAAUUGAAAAAUUCAAA